GAGCUUGUUCAAUUGUUUGCAUUAUUCCUCGAGGGUUUACUUGACGUUGGUGCUGUCUUUUAACUGCAGUUGUAAACUCUAUAAAGUGGCUGUUGGAAAUGAAUCAGGGGAUUUAUCAAGUGAAAUUCCCUAACUGGAUGUCUCUUCAGUAGGCUGACGUCAAAAUAACACCGAGAGGCGCCGGGCUUUAAAAGACCAGAGGCACUCGCCAGCAAUGGGAAACAAGGCAAGAGAGCCAAACCCCAGCGUGCUGUCGAGAGAAGGGGACUCGAGAGUUUCUGAAUCCCAGCUGAGGUCUUGGCGCUGCUCCCUUCACCUGGGUACGGUAGGAACUGUUCCAGCGCAAGUUAAGGAGGUUUGCAGUGUGUCGCUGAAAGUUUCUCCCAACAUCUUCCUGCUUGUUUGUAGCUCCGCGUUUAAAGUCAUGCACUAUCUGAAACUCUCCACCGUCCUCCUCGUCGUCUCUGUGUCCCUCAGCUCGCUGGACGGAUUACAGGCUGUCCCAAGCAGGUACUCGGUUGUUCCCAGUGACCCAGGGACUGAGCUCUCUGAGUGGGACUCCUGGCAGAUCCCGGGGCUGAGGAAGAGGUCUCCCACUGGCUGGUCAGCUGCUUUCCCUGCGCAAGAGCUUCUUAAGGCAAAAAGCUUCCGUGUGAAGAAGAGGAAGUGCAACACUGCCACCUGCGUGACGCAACGCCUAGUGGACUUUUUGAGUCGUUCCAACACCAAUCUGGGUGCCUUUUACACACCAACAAAUGUGGGUUCAAACACUUAUGGCAAGAGAGACAGCAUGGGACUGUACAGCAGAGAAUUCCUCAGUUAUCUCCAACGCUAGAACACGGAGCAAUCCUGGGUCAUUUUCUUAAAGUUAGUAGGUUCUUGCUAUAGCUCCAGUCUCAGUAGAGGAUGAAAGUGCUCAUCUGUUUUAGAAUUUCAAGCAGUUGUGCUCUGUUUCACUGUUCCUGGCUGUUUUUGCUUUGGAACAACUGUAUGGAUACGACCAGGUUUUUUGCUUUAUGUAAGAAGUUCCCUGCAUGUUUUUAAUUUAAAGAAACCUGCUGGUACUACAUGAAUUAUCUGUAAUAACUAAGUUAUUUGGAUUCUAUUAAAGACAAAUAUUGAGAA